AUUCAUGAGAUUUAUAGAUCUACUUAAAGAAGAAAAUGUAAAAUAAUGUGAUUCAUCGCUUUCAAAAUUGUGUAGGAACUCUGUUGUUAUGGGAACAAUCUGCUUUUAUGAGACGGUUUAAGAAAAAUAAGAGAACAAAUAUGUAAAUACCAAGUACACCAAAAGAUAAUAAACACAAAAAACGAGCCUUAUAACGUCUGUCAUUAUUAUCUCAAAGGAGUAAUACAGCGCCUGUGAAACAAUGGAUGUUGAAGAGCGGACUUAUGGUGGUUGUGAAGGCCCGGAUGCCAUGUAUGUAAAGCUGAUCUCUUCAGAUGGCCAGGAGUUCAUUGUGAAGAGAGAGCAUGCUUUAACCUCUGGCACCAUCAAGGCUAUGCUGAGUGGACCUGGUCAGUUUGCGGAAAAUGAAACCAACGAGGUGAACUUCCGGGAGAUCCCGUCUCAUGUUCUCUCCAAAGUCUGCAUGUAUUUUACCUAUAAAGUGCGUUAUACCAACAGCUCGACAGAGAUCCCAGAAUUCCCCAUUGCUCCUGAGAUUGCCCUGGAAUUGCUUAUGGCUGCAAACUUUCUCGACUGUUAGAUUGGAAUGGAGAAUGUGUUAUACUGUGACCGACUUACUGGCCAUCAUAGAUGUUCUAAUGAUUUCUGAUUGUGUAUUUAUGAAUGUUUUGUAUUUUUUGUUCCAUUGUAAUUUCAAAUGGCUAGAUAAUUUGUGUUAUGUGUGCAGUGUUUUAAAUGUCUUACAAUCAUUUUGUAUUUGGAAGUCUUUUGCAAUUGUCCUAGUGCCAUUCACACUAGGAAUAAAAAUGGAUGAACCAAAUAUAUCAUUGCCACACCUCUA